GCCAGUUGGUUAAGACUCGGAAGGUUCAAUAUAAAGUAAAGCUCGAUUGGGAGAGAGAACUGCGAAGUGGAAACCUGUAGUAGCUUCCAGUAGAGACAACAGUAAAGCCUCGUUUUCUCUUUACACAGUCGUCCUCUCCGGUAAUCUUAUAAACUCACUAUGCCGAUCAGAAAUAUUGCCGUCGGUAGGCCCGAAGAGGCUACUCACCCAGAUGCCUUGAAGGCGGCGUUGGCUGAGUUCAUCUCCACGCUUAUCUUCGUUUUCGCCGGCUCAGGCUCCGGUAUAGCCUUCAACAAGCUCACCAAUGACGGAGCCACUACCCCCGCCGGUCUCAUCUCUGCCGCAAUCGCUCACGCUUUUGCACUUUUCGUCGCCGUCUCCGUCGGUGCCAACAUCUCCGGUGGACACGUCAACCCCGCUGUCACUUUCGGUGCUUUCGUCGGCGGUAACAUCACUCUCCUACGUGGCAUCCUCUACUGGAUAGCCCAGCUUCUCGGAUCCGUCGUCGCUGCUUUGCUUCUUAGGUUCGCUACCGGUGGCGAGACUGUUCCAGCUUUCGGUUUGUCUGGAAUUGGAGUAUGGAACGCAGUCGUUUUGGAGAUCGUGAUGACCUUCGGAUUGGUGUACACAGUGUAUGCCACAGCCAUUGACCCAAAGAAGGGCAGUUUGGGAACAAUCGCACCCAUCGCUAUCGGUUUCAUCGUCGGUGCCAACAUUUUGGCUGGCGGAGCCUUCGAUGGAGCAUCCAUGAACCCGGCCGUGUCAUUCGGACCCGCCGUUGUGAGCUGGAGCUGGGAUAACCACUGGGUCUACUGGGUUGGGCCUCUGAUUGGCGGUGGAAUCGCUGGUCUUGUCUACGAGUUCUUCUUCAUCAGCCACACCCACGAGCAACUCCCAUCCACUGACUACUAGGAUCCAUGAACACGGUUUUUCUCUGAUGUAUUUAUUUGUUGGAGGGUUCUGAUCUCCUUCUUUCUUCCUUUUUUGUUAUUUACUUUCUUUUGUGUUUAAUCUGCACCGUUGAUCCUUUGUUCAUCAAAUCAUGAUCAUCAUCAUCAUAAGUUGUUUUUACGUGGUUGGAGGGAGUUAGCCUCAGGUGGUGAAAAAUUGAUUUGUGUUUAUGAAAUCUGCUGCUUCUCCGGUUGUAUUAUGAGUAUGAUUAUUAUUCUAGUUAAUUUUACUUUC